UAACGUGAUAGUUGUGAUGUACUUUAACAGUAGUUCAAAGAAGUUCGACACUUAAGUACUUAUAGGUCACACAGAUUUUGUUGUAGCAUUGUAGUGAUAACAAUGAAUCUAAUCACGUGUUACACUUUUCUCUCUCUUGUUUUAUGUAUGACGAGUGGUCUAGAAGUUGGAAAACAUGCUAUAGGUCAAAAACGCAUCCAUGGAAAUUUAGGCAUAAUUAAUGGUAAAAAGGCUUCAAUUAAGAAAUUUCCAUAUAUGGUUUCAAUAAUGGCUGAAGACAGCUUGCUGGGGUCCGGAGUCAUUCUCAACUCUCAUUGGAUAUUGACAACAGCUUUCAACGUUGCUUGGUAUCCUGUGGAAGAUCUCGAGUUCAGGGCUGGCAGCAACAGCUAUGAACACGGCGGACAGAUUUUGACCGCGGAAAAGGUGAUCGUACACGAGAACUACUCGGGCUAUGACUACGACAUCGCGGUCGUCAAGCUCAGUAAGCCCAUCAAGCUAGGAAAGAAGGCAAAGCCCAUUAAAUUCGGGACAAAAGACCUCAAAGGGAAAACUAAGGUGGUUGCUUCCGGUUGGGGCCCUUCAUCCGAGUAUGGAGAUCCUUCACCAAACUUAUUGUCGGGCGAAUUGACUGUCUUGGAUUGGAAUAAUUGUUAUGAAUCCUAUCCCCACGACUUGACGUCUAGACUUAUGUGCACUUUCGACACCAAUGUAGCACCUUGCGGCGCUGACUUUGGUGACCCUGUGGUGUACAAGAAGGCAGUGUACGGACUGUAUGCCGGCGGAUACGGGUGUGUAACCAUGCCAUCGCUUUUUACCGAUGUUGCUAAUCUCUCGAAGUGGGUAAAGUCGGCUAUCAAGCUAUAAAAACAAAAGAUUGUUUGGUACAAUCAUACUUGCAACUUUUCACUGUUCAUUUUAUUUGCAAGGAACCGACUAUUUAAUCUAAUUGUAUCAAAUAUAAUAAAUGUAUAAUCCUCGCAAUUUUA